CCGCCGCCGCCGCCGCUCGCGGGCCUCACCGUCCUCGACGGCGAGGGCGGCCUCACGCUCCGCACCGUGGCCCUCGACAAGCUCGACGGCGAGGCCUACGUCAACAUCCGCAAGGGCAAGGUCAUCCCGGGGUACGAGCUCUCCCUCACCCUCUCCUGGGAGGCCGAGGCCGCCUCCGAGUCCGGCGCCGCCAAGGUCGCCGGCGCUGCCGAGGUCCCCUACCUCGCCGACGAGAACGCCGACGAGGACCCCUUCCUCGCCCGCGGCAAGCCCCUCGUCCUCGAGAAGAUCCGCGAGUUCGUCGCCGCCAUGGCCAAGGGCGGCCCGGCCAAGGACGAGCUCGAGUCCAAGAAGACUCCCGCCAAGGCCGGCGCCGCAGCGCCUGGCGCCGCCCCGGCUGCGAAGAAGGAGGAGCCCCCCGCUCCUGCGCCGGCUGUGAAGGAGAAGAAGGCCAAGGGGAAGGACAAGGAGGGGUUCAAGAUGAUUGAGAUGACGGAGAAGUUCUACUGCCGCGCCAAGGACAUAUAUGAGAUCUUGAUGGAUGAGAACAGAUGGAAGGGGUUCACACAGAGCAAUGCAGUAGGCAAAUGUGAGGGUAGAGGGAAAUGGGAUGACAGGGGCAAAUGUGUCAAUAGCACUCUCAUUUAUUGCAAAUAA